AUUCUCCUGCUCCUCCUCCUCUGGCGCCGCUGCCUACACACACAGCCCCGGCGCGGUUAUCGCCGCGGCGCCCGGCCGCCGUUGCCUAGCAACUGUGCGCAUGCGCCCCACCCCUGUCGGCGACUGCUGCCACCGCUGGCGCCUCUGUCGGAGCUCAGACCAGCAGGCCUGCGACCCAGAAAGUGCUCAAAACCCCACUUCCUAAGGCCUAGAAGGAGCGACAUGAAGAUAAAGAACUGUGUCGCUGCUGUACUUAAACUCCUUAAGUAUCUUUCCUGGGGUUUCAAGAUAAAAUUGGAGCUCCUUUGCCCACAUCAGUGCAUCUGCCUUUACUACGAUAGAAAGAUAUAAGGUCUCACUAUGUUGCCCACGCUGGUUUCAAACUCCUGGGCUCAAGUGAUCCUCCUGCCUCUGUCUCCCAAAUUGCUGAGAUUACUGGCAUGAGCCACUGCACCUGGCCUUCUUUUUUGAGAUGGCCUCAGGUUGGCUCUGCCUGGAGAGGGGGAAGCUUGUAAAGAUGGCUUAGAAAAAAAGUCCUGGCUCCAUUUCUAUUUUCUCCCUUCUUUUGCUGGCCUGUUUCCUGCUUUUUGCAAAUUGCAGGAACAAGACCCUGCAGAUGGAGAAGAUCAAGGCUCGUUUGAAGGCUGAGUUUGAGGCACUUGAGUCAGAGGAAAGGCACCUGAAGGAAUACAAGCAGGAGAUGGACCUUCUGCUACAGGAGAAGAUGGCCCAUGUGGAGGAACUCCGACUGAUCCACGCUGACAUCAAUGUGAUGGAAAACACUAUCAAACAAUCUGAGAAUGACCUAAACAAGCUGCUAGAGUCUACAAGGAGGCUGCAUGAUGAGUAUAAGCCACUGAAAGAACAUGUGGAUGCCCUGCGCAUGACUCUGGGCCUGCAGAGGCUCCCUGACUUGUGUGAAGAAGAGGAGAAGCUUUCCUUGGAUUACUUUGAGAAGCAGAAAGCAGAAUGGCAGACGGAACCUCAGGAGCCCCCCAUCCCUGAGUCCCUGGCCGCUGCAGCCGCUGCCGCCCAACAGCUCCAAGUGGCUAGGAAGCAGGACACUCGGCAGACGGCCACCUUCAGGCAGCAGCCCCCACCUAUGAAGGCCUGCUUGUCAUGUCACCAGCAAAUUCACCGGAAUGCACCUAUAUGCCCUCUAUGCAAGGCCAAGAGUCGGUCCCGGAACCCCAAAAAGCCGAAACGGAAGCAGGAUGAAUAAAGAAAGGGAGAGCACAUGAAGCUUUGCUAAUUAUAACCCCUCACCUUGACCAGAGUCAUUGAUGUCCUGAUGUGAAACGACCCUUGCCCAACCCCACGAAGUCUCCUAUUUAAUGUGAUGGAAGCACAACCCCUCUCUCACUUUGCUCCUGUUUCUUUCUGCUCUUGGGAUUUCUGGUUUAGGAAGAGAUGUGGUUCAGGUGCUAAACAGUGUGUCUGAUGAUCCCUUCUCUCCCACUCACAUUUCAACCCCUGCCCUUGUUUGGAGCUAAGGGAAGGGCAAAAGGCUCAGAUAUGAUUCUCUAUCUCUUGUGCCUGAGGCCUGGAGCCUAAGGAGCUGUAGGGUCUGAGGGGCAGGGGAGGCCCAUAUCUUGUUUCAGGUAAAGGACCCAGUAUUUUCCCUCCUUGUACUUUUGCCUUAGGUUCUGAAGGGACAAUAGUCUUCAUGUUGGAUUCUCCAACAGGCUGGGUGCAUGUAUCCCCCUACUCUUACCCUCAUCUCAUCCUUAAGGCCCAUAGGUAGCUUGGACAGGCCCUCCUUUUCAUAAUCAUUUGGGAGGCAUGGCUGUAAUUCUUUAGCUUGCCCCACUUCUGUCUCCCAGACAUACUAAAAUUCUUAGGUACUAGGCUGUUUGUCUUGGGAUCUUAAGAUCAGUGAACCUUCCCCCAAUAUCUAGUCUUUGCAAAUUCUAGUAGAAGAUUUCCACAGUGAAAUCAGUAAGCCAGACCAACUCUACAUCUCCUGCCUAACCUACUGCCUAAGUCAUUAGGGCUGAGGGCUCAGCUGUAGGGGCUUCCUUAGGCUGAGAUGGCCCCCAGGCUGACAUCUGUGUUGGCUUUUGUUCAGAACCAUUACUCUGGCACAUGCUCAAGGAGUAGAUUUAGAUUUGAGUAAAUGCCAAUCACUUUACACAUGAAGGUGGGUGGGACUUUCCUUCCAUUCAUCCCUUGCUCUCUUGGAUCUGAACUCUUCUGUAGCCUCAGCUCAGGGCAGCUGCUGGCCUCUCCUGUCCUGUGGAUUGUGCAGGUGGCCUUUCCUCCCAAAAGAAAAGGCAUCAGGCUCCCCAAGCCCCACAGCUCUCCUUUCCACCAAAGCCAGGUUUCCUGGUAAGGUCACUCAAAGAUAAGGGAUGGGGAUGGGGGCUGACUGACAAAAAAUUUUAGCCCCAGGUCUCAGUACCUGGCUGGGGAGGGGGAUAUUUUUCCUUCCUUAAGUAGUUUUACAUUGCCACAGUGUGUAUGUGUUCACAAUAUAAAAUGUUCCUCUGCUCUUUGAAAGUAAGAGUGUUGUGUCUGUACAAAUCCUUUUAACAUGCAUUAAUUGGAGUAAAUUCUGAGUAUCUACUGUGUAUUGGGUAAUACAAAAGAUGUAAUGUCAUUUACCUUUCUGGGUA